CGGCCUUAUAUGUUAUCUAUUAGCAACACAUGCGUAACACCCCUAACCCUGACACACACACGCAAACACACACACAAACACACACAUAGUCACGCAUGCAGAUACACUUAUACACAACCAAGCUAGAGAAACCAUGUCAAAGAUAAAUACUCGGCCGUGUUAUGAAGAAUCUACAGACUCUGUAUUUGUUGCCUCUUUUGGCUCUGGCAAGUUUGUUCACCAAGAUGAGUGGAUCAGUUUCUCCUCGCCCAGUCCUGACCGGCCCUCACAUGGCCUACCUCAACUCGAGGGUGGCUUUCCGAUGUAUUGCACCUGACUCCUCUCCACCAGUCACCUACCAGCUGAUGAGAAACGCCAGUAUCCCAAUCUUCACGGGCACCGAUCUCCAAGGAGACAAACCUGCAUCAUUCUCCCUGAAGGUCGCUGCAACAUCAGAGGGGUCGUACCACUGCAAGGCAACGGCUGAAGGAAGCACAGGAGUCAGCAACAUCAUCACGCUGAGUGUUGUCAUUCCAGCAUCAAAUACCAGAGUGGCCGCUGAACCUUUCCCCCCAGUCGCAUACGAGGGAUCACGCAUUGUUCUGAAAUGCACUGUCACAAGGGGCUCCCACCUGUCCUACAUCUGGUUUUUCAACAGGAAGAAAGUAACAUCUUCAACAUCUCCUCUUUUCCAUCUCACUGGUAAUGAGCUGGUGAUGGAGCAGGCAACUCCAGAGCAUGCUGGCAACUACUCCUGCAUUGCCUGGUCCAUGGUUCAGGACAGCAGCAGGUUUUUAGGCAGCGCCGAGGUCAAGGUGACAGUCAAAGCUUAUGUAUCAAAGCCAAACAUCUCCUUCUCCAUCUUCAAAGAGGGAGACGGUUACCAAGGCAACAUAACCUGCUGGUCAACCAGAGGGAGCCAUCCGGUCAACUUUUCUCUCUCAGUAGAUGACAAAGAGGUGGGAUCCCUCACAGCCAACCAAUCCCUCACUGUCUGGUUCCUCGUCGCCAUGAUACCCGGGAUGGACAUGGGUGUGGCGCGAUGCUGGGUGAAAACUGAGACGCAGGAGUUGAUGAGUGAACCUGUGACUCUGGAAGUGGUCCCAGUUGGAGGUGACGUGACAGCGGAGGUGGAAUAUCUCUACAGAGCCGACUCCAAGCUUGCCGCCGCCAGGCUGAGGUGUGUGGUCAGCAGAGGAAGCUUUCCCCAAAUCUCCUGGCUCCUGAACGACUCAGUCCUUCCCUCCGCGACACAUCUGGACGCCCAGUCUCAGGAUGACCUGACUCACGUUGCCCUCGCCAACCGUGGACAGACACUCGUCCUCACUAAGCUCACCUCAGAGGAGUCUGGGUAUUACCGCUGCAGGGUCAGGAACAGCUAUGAUGACUCCGGGCCCUGGGUGGAGAGUGGAGAUGUGCUGGUCCGAGUCACAGACAGGAUCCUUAACUCCAUGCCUCGAGCUACAUCUUCCACUGAAACACCACCAAAGGUUUUCAUGAACCAGACAGAGAUCAUCACCAUAGCGUUCUGCUGCUUCCUUCUUCUCAUGUUGGCAGUUGGUGUGGCAUGUGUUUACAGGAUGUUCGACCACAACCAAGCUCAUGCCCACAUUGCUGAGACAAAUUCUGAUCCACUUCCUCUGACUGCACCCUCGUCCCAGUCGGGAGACAGGCAGGCCGGGGUCUCCUCUGCAGACUGUGACUGUGUCCUGAGUCAGGUAUACAGGCUGUCACGACAGCACAUAACGUAAUGAUUUUAAAUCAGUGAUGUGACUCUUCUCAACAGGUCUAAGAAUUUCAUACUAAAGUGAAGAUUUUAAAGUUAUUUUAUGUGUUUGGUUUUCAUAUAAGCCAUAACUGAAACAUUUUAAUGUAAUUGAGAGAACAUUUACAUUUAAACAGUUAAACAUUUCUCACUAUUUAUCCCAAUCUACUAUUCUCCUGAUUGUGUAUGUAUGGACCCAUUAUAUAAAGCAUUAUUCUAUUAAGACAUUUUAAGAGCACCACAAAUUUUUUUUAAAUUUUUUUAGCUUUUAAUGGAGCAAUUCUUUCAAUCCUCUCCAUCAGGAGCUUUAAGAUAAAAACUGCUUUUUCUUAUGACAAACAGACCAGGUAUUGAUAUAAUGAUAUCAUUAU